AUGAAUUCAGAAAAGAGGAUGUUUGAUGAGAUUAAUCAAUAUCAAGGUAAUAAUGCAACAGGAGGUAGAUUUAUUACAAGAUUGUCAAAGAUUAUAGAGUAUUUUGCUAUUAAGUUCAACACUUUCUUUAAAGAGUUGAAUGAAUCAGAUGAAACACAAUUGAAAUCAAAGAUAUCGAGAGUUUGUGAUAGAUUCGAAAAAGAGAGGAGGGAACCACUUGACUUUUUCACCUAUAAUAAUCAUUAUGAUAUCGUUUAUAAUGACAAGAGUAUUGAUGAAGAAGAAGAUGAUAAUGUUGAAUCAAUAAGAGAAGAAACAUCAACAACAACAGCAACAACAUUAAUAACAACAAAAACAGAAACAACAGAUACAAUAACAACCGACAAUAGUAUUUCUAAAUUAUCAGAUAUAUUACUUUGCAAAAUCAUUUCAAAUUUUGUUGCCUUUGAUAAUGAUAAGUAUGAAAGAACCUCUCGGCACUAUAAAUUCAAAAAUCUGCUAUUCUUUAUACCUUAUCUCAUAGAUGGCGAAAAUGUAAUGAAUUUUGCAUUAAUAUCGAAACAACUCUUCAGAGUUGUUUCAAAGAUCAUCAACAAUAAUCUAUUCUAUUGGAAUUCAUUUAUCGAUAUCAACAACCAAAGUGAAUACAACUUAAUCAAAUCAUCACCACUGUAUUUCGAUUAUGAAUCAAUUAAAUACAUUCCAUAUGAUCAAGGCAUAGAAUAUGCCAAUCAAUUGUUGUCAAGAGUUGAAACAUUCGUAAUGGAAUCAGAUGAAUAUGAUCAUUCGAUCAAUGGUGGAGUUUCUAGAUCGGAAGAUAUAUACAUUGAUUACUACGUCAUCAGGUUCAUUGAGGAAGAUUACCGUUCAGCAAUUAUUAAGGAUGGAUACUUAAUACGUCCACCACCAAUGCCAAACCUCAAAGAGAUCAUUGUUUUAGGGUAUCAUGGAUUCGAAGAAAACUACAGUAAUUUUCUGAAAGAUCUGUUUGUUAGCACACCGAAUAUCGAUGGACAUGGCAUCGAACGAUUCACAAUUGACAUGCGAAAAGAUUGGAAUAGUCGCCCUGACUAUAACAACAUAGACUUCCUAUCAUCGCUGUUGAAUUACCAUUCAAAGACACUAAAAUCAAUAUUAAUCAUUAAUGAAUCAUUUGGAAUGGAGGAUCUUGAUUUUUUAAUCGAUUUCCUCGAUGAAUUUAUACCAACAUUAAAAGAGAACAAUAUUGAUUUCAAGCUUACUACUAACGACCCAAUCGAUAGACUUACUCAACAUAUAGAUAACAAUUCAGUAAUUAGAUAUCUUUCGGAUAAUACGAUAUACAAUCAAAGAUGUUUGCAAAAAAAAUUCUGUUUUUCGAUGAAAUGA